AUAUUUUAUAUUUAUUUAUGUCAAUAAGAAAAUGCAUACUAUUGCAUACUUUUAUGACUUGAUAUGAAGUGCCGGGCUGCAUGUGGCCUGGCAGCAAGUUUAAGCCCUUCACAAGUCGAAGUUCCCAAUCACAUUUUGAAGUCCGUAAUCACAGUUCAAAGUAAUUGGGGUCUGAGUUAGAUGAAAGGUAUCAAAGGGCUUGAAGACUGUGGUCAAACCUCAUCUGUCUUUACUCUGACAGUGAUGGUAAUGGGUACACUCGUGUGCAUAUAUGAUUUUGCACAGUUGGCCAUACAAUCUGUAAAUGAAGACACUUCCUCUGUUCAUAUACCCUCAGUUUGGGUAAGGAACUCCUCCCAAAAACACUAACAGUAAAAAACAGGAGGCAUGAAACACAUUAUGUAUACAACCACCAUAGUAAUGAUAGCAUCUGAUUAUGUAUAUCACAGAUAAAUAACUAGAGGUUGGUAUUUGGGCCACAUGGUAGUAGGGGUGACCUGAUGUAGCUUGUGUGCAGCCAUGAUUCAUGGCACUAUGUGGAGCGAGAGCACAGAGACUCCAGGAAGGAGUUGAGUCAGUGAUGUUUACUCAUGGGACAUGAAUCCAGUUUUUAAUUUGGAUAAAAGCGUCUGUUAAAUGACAUGUAAUGAACACUUUGACCAUUGUUAACAACCUGAAGCUUUCCAGUGACUGCUGUUGGAGCACAAUGAAGUUACAGUGACACUUUGAAGUUUCACAAAUUUCUUUGGUUUCACCACAAACCUUGAGAACUGAAGAAGCCUCUUGGAUGUGGCUUCAAGUCCAGUUGCUUCUGACUUGAUGUGUUUUGGAUAGAAUAAUCUAGUUGGAUUAGGAUCUACACUAACAUCUUUAGAUAUGUCAUUUCUUUAGUCAAUGCUUCUCUUUGGUAGGUCUACAGGCUGGAUGAGUGGGCCAACCUUCACCUCCCCCACCCCAGAGGUGGCUGAGAUGAACCGCAUCCAUUAUGAGCUGGAGUACACUGAAGGCAUCAGCCAGCGGAUGCGCAUCCCAGAGACUCUCAAGGUGGCUCCAGAGAGCCAACCAGGGUCCCUGCCUCUUCAGGAGCAUCUCCUCAUUCACACAACUCUCAUGCAGGUUCCUGACAGGAUUGUGGUUGCUGGUGAUGCUGGGGACCCUGGUUGUGGUCGUCCAAGAGACCUAGACCUAAUUCAGUCUGUCCCCCCACUGGACCUCUUGAACAUGAAGGCCCCACCGCGAAUCCUUACCCUGACAGAACAGCCACUGGAUUCUCUUGAGACUGACCAAACUGCCACCUCACAGAGUAAUCGCAGCCAGGCGGGCCUUUUUCACACUCGCUCUCGAAGAGAACGGAGUGCAAGUGAGAAUACACCGAGCCGCUAUAGCAGUCAGAUCAACAGAGGUGAUAUAAGUAUAUCCCCAUCCCCUUCUGCACCCCCUGUCCGCUUAUGUCCCCCCCUCUGUUCCCCUGUGGAUGCAAACGUCAACCUGUUCACAGCUGCUGGCUUCCUGACUUAUGUCCAGUCAACAACGCGCAGAGCAUAUCAGCAAGUCCUUGAUGUCCUGGAUGACAGCCACCGCAGGACAAACCUGGACUUGGCUAUGGAUUUAAACCCUGAUGAGUCUGGCCUGGUGGAUGCCUCCUCACUAAGGCGACAGAUUGUGAAACUGAACCGACGCCUGCAGUUGCUGGAAGAAGAAAACAAAGAGCGUUCCAAGCGAGAUGUGGUCCUUUAUUCAGCUACUGUGGCAUUCUGGCUUAUUAACACCUGGAUGUGGUUGCGCCGCUGAGGUGGGAAGACGGAAAUGACCCUCCCUAAAUCACUGGAAGGCGUUACAAUCAAAAUCAAAUGGUAACCAUGUGAAAUCACAACAUUGGCAAACCUGUAUCCCUAUGUUUUGUUGCAAACUCUAUAGAGAGAUUUGACUCAAGCUGAACAGACUACAUAAUGUUUACAAUAUCUACAUAUCUACAUCUACUUCAAAAGUUCACAAUGACAGUUUGUAACUUUAGGCCUAGUCAUAAUGUUUUGCCACAUCACAUGUAGCAGACUUGACAUUAAAAAAUUGCAUGUAUGACCCUUUUCAAACCUGUUACUAACAUCCACUCUGAGUGAUCCGAUCACAAGUAGACUAUUUAAGUACAGGUGUAAAUGGACCCAGGAUGCACAUCCACCUACUCUGCUGAUGCCCUCAGAUCCACUACAGUUCCAUAAUGAACUUGAAAUAUUUGUUCUUCUUAUCAUCGAAACGUUGAAUUAUUUGUAGCCAAUGUACUAUAUUAACACUGAUAUAUUA